UGGACUUAUGAAAAUUGUGUAAUUUUGUGGGAAGAUUCCUUCACAUCAUCUAACUGCAUGGAGCAAUGAUUCGGAAAAUUCUACAAUCUCAACUGCUUAUUUCCAUAAGGAAAUGAAAAGUCAAUUGCCGUUACUUCUUCCACUCGGUUACAUACACAGAAAGGUAUCUAUAAUUGAUCUUGUAUAUUUUGUGAGUUUCAAUUCGCCUAUAUAAUCAGACUUUUUGAACUCAAAAGUAUCAGUUGAGGAAGAAAGGGUAAUCAAAGAGAGUAAAGAUAAAAAAUAAAAUGGCGGAGAGUGCAGUAAAGUUUCUGCUUGACAAGCUUGCACCUCUUUUCGAAAAUGAGUUGCAACUUUUGAGAGGGGUUAGGGAAGAAAUUUUGUAUCUAAGAGGAGAACUGGAGCGCAUGACGGCUUUCCUGAGGGUUGCUGAUGCAUAUGAAGAGAGUGAUGCGGAACUCAAAGUAUGGGUUAAACAACUAAGAGACAUUGCUCACGAAAGUGAAGAUGUUCUUGAUGAAUUUACCCUUCUGCAAGCACAUGAUCAUGGGGAGGGAUUAUAUGGUUCAAUCCAUAAGCUUUCUUGCUGCAUCAAGAAUACAAAAGCUCGAUAUCGAAUUGCUUCGGAGUUACGAGCCAUAAACUCCAGGAUCAAAAAAAUCUCUGAGGUUCAUAAGCGACUCCGCCACAAAUUCAAUAUGGCUGAACAAGGCUCAAGCUCCAAAAGUGCAGGUUACCUGUUGGAGGACCAUCGAGGUGAUGCUUUACUUCUAGAGAAAACUGAUAUAGUGGGCAUAGACGAGCCUAUCAAGCAGAUGGUUGGGAGGCUGGUCAAUGGUGGUAGUGGACGUGAGGUAGUUUCUGUGGCAGGAAUGGGAGGAAUGGGGAAAACUACCCUGGCGAAGCAAGUCUACGAUGCAGCAGAAGUGAAGAAACAUUUCAAAUUACGUGCUUGGAUCACUUUUACUCAGUCUUUCAAGCUAGCGGAACUUCUCAAAGACAUCGUUCAACAGCUCCACCAAGCAAUCCGAAGUCCAGUUCCACAAGAAAUCAAUAGCAUGAGUACCAACCAGCUGAAAACAAUAAUUAAAGACUUCCUACAGAAGAGGAGGUAUCUCAUUGUCUUGGAUGAUGUGUGGCACUUAUAUGGAUGGGAUGCCUUGAAGUAUGCACUGCCUAAUAAUAUUUACGGCAGCAGAGUGAUACUAACUACUCGAAAUGCAGAUAUAGCCUCCACAACAAGCACAGAAUCUGGAGGUGAAGUCUAUACUUUGGAGCCCUUGCCCCCAGUGGAGUCAUGGGAGCUCCUGUGCAAGAAGACAUUCCAAGGGAAUUCCUGCCCUCCUCAUUUAGAGAAAAUCUGUAACUCUGUUCUGAGAAAGUGUGAGGGGCUACCCCUUGCUAUUGUGGCAAUUAGUGGAGUUCUGGCUGCUAAAGAUAAGCGCAGAAUUGAUGAGUGGGAAAUUGUUGGCCACAGUCUCGGGGCUGAAAUUGAGGGCAAUGACAAACUGCAGGACUUGAAGAAAGUACUUUCACUCAGUUUCAAUGAUUUACCAUACUAUCUAAAAUCGUGCUUCUUGUACCUGAGCAUCUUUCCAGAGGACCAUCUAAUUAAGCAUAUGAGGCUUAUUCGAUUAUGGAUGGCAGAGGGCUUCAUUGAAGAAAAACAAGGAAAGACAUUGGAAGAGGUUGCAGAGGAUUACCUCAAUGAACUAUUGAAUAGGAGCAUGAUUCAAGCAGCAGAGACAACAGCUGAUGGAAGGGUCACAAAAUUUCGUAUCCAUGAUCUCUUCCGUGAAAUUAUCAUCUCCAAGACAAGAAAUCAGAACUUUGCCACAAUAGCCAAAGAGCAGAAUGUAACAUUGCCAGAAAAAAUCCGUCGCCUGUCAAUACAUAACACACUGCAAUAUGUUCAGACAAACAGGUGUGCUUCUCAACUACGUUCUCUUUUUAUGUUCACAGUUGCUGAGAAGCCAUCACUACAAAGACUAUUCCCAGCCGGCUUUGCGCUGCUUAAUGUGUUAGAUUUGCAAAGUACACCUUUAAAUGUUUUCCCAGUUGAAGUUGUGAAUCUUUACUUUUUAAAGUAUCUGAGCUUGAGAGAUACCAGGGUAAAAACCAUUCCAAGAUUUAUAGGGAAGCUUCAGAACCUGGAAACUUUGGAUCUUAAGCAUUCUCGAGUUACUGAACUCCCAGUUGAAAUUCUGAAACUCCAACAUUUGCGCUAUCUCUUGGUAUAUCGUUAUGAGUUUGUUCCUUACGAAGAUUUUCACUCAACAUAUGGGUUUAAGGUCCUUGCAAAAAUAGGAGCUUUGAAAUCCCUUCAAAAGCUAUGUUUCAUUGAGGUGAACCAAGGUGGCAGCGCAUUAUUGAGAGAGCUGGGGAAACUAGUUCAGUUGAGAAGGUUAGGCAUUGUUAAGAUGAGGAAAAAAGAUGGCAAGGCUCUUUCUUCAUCCAUUGAAAAGUUGUCCAAACUUUAUGCAUUGUCCAUAACUUCAGUGGAAGAAGACGAGAUCAUUGAUUUGCAGCACCUGUGUUCUCCUCCUCUAUUGCUUCAGCAUUUGUACUUGCGAGGCAGAUUGGAAGCAUUACCUCACUGGAUACCUUCUCUCCAUAGCCUCGUCAAGUUGUACUUGAAAUGGAGCAGGUUAAGGGAUGAUCCACUUGCAUUCCUUCAGUAUUUGCCCAAUCUAGUACAUCUUGAGUUGUGUCAGGUUUUUGAAGGAGACACACUAUGUUUUGGAGCCGGCGGAUUUAAGAAGCUCAAGCAUUUAUGCCUCGAUAAAUCUGAUGAACUUCGAUGCAUAGAGAUGGAGGUGGGAACAAUGCCUUGUAUUGAAAAUCUAAUCAUCCGGCGCUGUAAAUCACUGGAGAAAGUCCCAUCAGGCAUUGAACAUCUCAUCAAACUAAAGUUGCUUAAGUUUUUUGAUAUGCCAGAAAAACUAAUCAAGACUCUACUUCCACAUGAGCAUGGCAAUGAUUAUUGGAAAGUUGCGCAUGUCCCAGAAGUUUAUGUCACCUACUUGAGAGAGUUUGGGUGGGAAGUAUUCUCAUUAGAGGGCUUGAGUGAGACACAAAUCUCUUCUCAACCCAGUUCUGUCAUGAAGAGCAUUGGAACUGGUUGGAAGUAAUAAUUCAGCUUGACCUGAAAGUGAUGUUAGUAAUUAUGUUUAAUAGUGCAAGUACGGUAAUGUAAUGUACGUUUUAUGAAAAGACCCUUGUAAUUAAUUUGACAGAGCUAGUUUGUACAUUUUAUACUCUGUAAUUAUUGGUGAUGUAGGCUAUUCAUGUAUGAAGCAGUGUUGGCAAUUUGUGCUAGUCAGAUAAAG